AUGAACAACAAGGAGAACGUCGCAGUCGGCGAUGGUGGAUUAUCUGCCGAACAGAGAGCUCGAAUUUCACAAAAGUUUAGAGCUGCUAAGGCGCUUCUCGCUUGCAAGAGACCUCGAGAAACUGUAAAUCCGUCCGAUCAAUGUUCUCGCAGAGCUGGGGGCGAUUGCAAAAUUGAGUCCGAAGCUCAAUUUACUGGUAUUAGAAGGCUUCCUCUCUCCGAUAUCACCAGAAAUGUGGAACAAUCUGAUUUUGAAAGAUGUAAUAAGUUGAAAAAUCGUGAUUCUCUUGCUCGAAUAUGCCCUGAAGUUCUGGCUGCAGAUAAGGAUGAUGAUAAUUCAACCGCAGAGAUUGAUGUCGGAAUUCUUUCAAGUUUUUCAACCCCUAUCAAACAAGCAGAUAGUCUUAUUAAUAGUACCUAUGUUGGUACUGGUGAGGAUCCACGUAAGGUCAGAAAUGGUGUCGUCACGGAAGUUGGGCCGGUGUACAAUUCAUUUGUUACUCCAGUGAGGCAAUUUGGUUGGUCAGGCUUGAUUCAGACGUCAUCAUUGCCAAGUGUUUUAGAUGAUGUUUUCGAUGAUUCUGUUCUGGAGGAAAUUGACGCCUUAUGUGAGAAGUCAGUUGCAAGACCAGAAAGAGAGGUGUCAAAAAGUACUGCAGUAGACAUUCAGUAUGAUGACAAGAAUUCCAGGGAGAACAAUACUAGCCUUAAUCUUCUUAUUGCAGAAGAGGAGCUAAAUAAUCCACCUGUAUCAAUUUCCAGUUGCGACCAUGAGAGUGCGCAAGAUGUUUUGAGGAACUCUGAGACUCACUGCAAGAGUAUGCCUGAAGAGUAUUCUAAAUAUCUGAAGUCUCUAAAUGACAGGCAAAUGGAAGCCGCAUGUGGUGAUAUUUCAACCCCUUUAAUGAUUGUUGCUGGACCAGGAAGUGGAAAGACUUCUACAAUGGUUGGGCGAGUUUUGAUGCUGAUGCAUGAGGGCAUCGAUCCCUCUCACAUUCUGGCUAUGACAUUCACUACGGCGGCUGCUUCAGAAAUGAGAGAGCGAGUUGGGGCAGUAGCCGGGAAAGCAGCAGCCAAAGAGCUGACGAUUAGCACAUUUCACUCAUUUUCCUUACAACUUUGUCGGUCCCAUGCUGAAAAGUUGGGUAGGACGGCCGAAUUUUUAAUCUACGGGCAUGGACAACAGAGACGAGCUGUUAUUGAGGCUGUUCGCAUAUUGAAGGACAAGAAGAAAAUGUUAAAUAAAGAGUCAGAGAUGGAAGUUGAAGUGUCUGGGGUGAGUUCCCCUCAGCAUUUCAAAGAUAAAUCAAAGAGAUGGCUUAAAUACGUAGCCAAGGCCAAAUCUGCUGGCAGGAUGCCUGAAGAUUGCCACAGGAUGGGCGAUGAGAUAGGGGCUGAGAUUCUGCACUGCUACGAUGAUAUACUAAAAUCGUGUAACGCAUUGGACUACCACGAUUUAAUCAACUGUUCGCUGAAGUUACUUGCUGAGUUUCCUACAGUAUUCAAGGAAUGCCAGGAGUCAUGGAAGGCAAUCAUUAUUGAUGAAUUUCAGGACACAAGCCCAAUGCAAUACAGUUUAUUGCGGAUGCUUGCAUCCCAUAAACGUAUAACUAUUGUGGGCGACGAGGAUCAGUCAAUUUUUAGCUUCAAUGGUGCUGAUGUUUCUGGAUUUGAUUCAUUCCGGAAAGAUUUUCCAAUGCACAAAGAGAUUAAACUCAACAAAAACUACAGAUCCACUCGUUGUAUUGUUGAAGCUGCAUCGUCGCUCAUUCAAAAUAAUGUAAAACGAUGCCAGUCAAAAGAUGUUCUUACGGAUAAUUCCACUGGGUCUAAGAUAACUAUCAAAGAAUGCAGCAAUGAGAAUGCUCAAUGUGCAUAUGUUGUCGAUAAAAUUUUAGAAAUCACAUCAGAAGGUUCAUCUACCAAGUACAACUUUGGCAGUAUUGCAGUGCUUUACAGGAGGCAGGUGACUGGGAAAAUAUUUCAAACAAGCUUUCGCAGUAGAAAAAUUCCAUUCAACACUCAUGGUGUAGCCUUCUAUCGGAAAAAGGUUGUUCGAGCUGUAGUGGCUAUGCUUAGGACAGUGUUGCCUGCUUGUGGUGAUGACCCUUAUCGUAAAGUAUUUAAAGCUUUGUUACCUUUUGAUAAAGAGGAAAAGAAGAAGGUGAUUGAACAUAUAGAGAAGGUUUUGACAGUGAGAAAAUGUAGCUUUAUAUCUGCUGCAACUGACAUAUUUAGUGCAAAGGUAUCUGGUUCAUUGAAAAGGAGUCAGCUUACCCAGGGGCGAAAGGUCUUGUCCACUCUAGACAUGAUAUCGAAACUUGUCCAUAGAGAACAGUCAAUUUCAGCUGUUAUCACAUCAGUGGCAAACAUGAUACCACAGAAAUACCUUCUUGAACAGAGGGCAGUUGUUGAUGUUGAUGGGGGCAAAUUGCUUAAUGAAGACAAUGAUGUUAGAUCGGUACUCCAUUAUCUCUUAGAUGACGUCUCUGAUUUCUUAACUAGUCAAACCUCUCCUACACAAGAAAAAAGUGAUGACAAAACUGAAGGGCUUGGUUGUCUUAGCUUGCUUAAAGCUUUCAUUGAUUACAUAUCCGAAAGGGAGAAAGAGAAUUUCCGUUCCAGACGACAUGAUAAUGAGAACUCUGUUACCCUGACAACUAUUCAUCAGUCAAAAGGCUUGGAAUGGGAUGUUGUCUUCAUUGUAAAGGUUAAUGAGUCAGAGAUCCCUUUGUUGCAUGAUAUGAGUGGUGUGGGAACUGAAAAUGGUUCAUCAAUUGAGGAGGAAAGACGACUUCUAUACGUGGCAAUGACAAGAGCUCGGAAAAAGCUUUUCAUCCUAUACAUGCUUCUGGAUUCAAGUUGGCAGGUUCUUCAACCUUCUCGAUUUAUCAGAGAAAUACCUCGUCAUCUCCUAGAGAACCAUAACGAGUUGAGUCAAAAUGUACCAGGAGAUAACCAGCAAUUUCCUCGAGGAAAACUCCCAAUUUCUGAUGGGCCAGCCACCACAGAAUCAGCUGAAGCCAAGAUGAUUCCUGGUGAUAACCAUCUCUGUGAAGUGUCCAAAGAAUUAAGUGAACUCAUGGGGGCUUGUAAUAGUAAUGGGUUUUUGAGAAGGUUCAACGUGGAGGACCGAGGUACUGUAUCCCAGUUAUUCCAUCAGUGGGCUAAAAAGCCUGCAUUUCAAGAUCCAAAGAGGUUACUGAACAAGGUUUCCUUUAUCAUUGAUGAACGUCUGAGAGCCAAGAAGAGCAACCGCAAGGAUGUUUUGCGAACCCUGAAGUUGAGCUUACAGAGUGAUGAAGCCCUUCAGUACGCAGUAUCUGUUCUAAAAUGGGAGCAGAUUCCUGCUGAUAAACGUGCUCACUUAACUAGAGAAAAACAGGAACACUUUCAGAAACAACGGAUUGAGAAUGCAAUGGGUUCUUCGGCACCAACUGCAAAACAGGUUGCCUAUUUACAGAAUUUAGGAUGCACUGUAAUCCCUUCAUCUCGACUUCACGCCUCUCAUUUGAUAGAGCAAUACAAAUCACUGUAG